GCGAUGUGCUCGCGCUAGGCUCGUGUUUGUAGACGCAAACUUUAUGGGCUCCGAACGGCUCGAGCAUGAAAAGCGAGGACGUGACUUUGUCGCGCGACAUGGAGAGCGUGAAGCCCGGAGCCGCCGUGCUGCCGUUUAGCGUGGAGGCGCUCAUGGCGGACCGGACACCGAGCCGAGUUGACAAGACCGCUGGGUCGCGCGCGCUUUGGUGCGAGGACGGAUCCUCGUUCUCGUUAUCGUACUCGGUCGUGCGCGAGGGAGACGCGUCUGUGGAGGCUAAGAGUCCUGAACGCGUGGACCGAAGCUCGUGGACGGAGAACUCCCGUUUCUCCCCUCCUCCGUCCAGGCGCCUGAGUCCUCCAGUCUGUCCUCUGAGGAAACACAAGACCAACCGGAAGCCUCGCACCCCGUUCACCACGUCCCAGCUGCUGGCCCUGGAGCGCAAGUUCCGGCAGAAGCAGUACCUGUCGAUCGCGGAACGCGCCGAGUUCUCCAGCUCGCUCAGCCUGACGGAGACGCAGGUGAAGAUCUGGUUCCAGAACCGGCGCGCGAAGGCCAAGAGGCUGCAGGAGGCCGAGCUCGAGAAGCUAAAGAUGGCCGCCAAACCCAUGCUGCCCCCGGGCACUUUCGGGAUUUCCUUUCCGCUUGGCGCGCACGUGCCCGCGUACGGAGCAGGCGGCGCUCACGCGUUUCAGAGACCCACCGUGCCCGUGUCACCCGUCGGACUGUACGCGGCGGCGCACAUGGGAUACAGCAUGUAUCACUUAGCCUGAGGCGCGUGCGUAAUGUCUGCGUGUUCUUCUCACCCAGGGAUUUAGAGGCACGAAAAAUGAGACGGGAAAUAAUAUGGCGAGCAUAAACACUUAAGCACAUUAAGUCGCCAGACGGCAUUUUUAUUCACAUAAAUCACUGGCCAUAAAGCACCUACACACACAAUUUGUAUGUAUUCAUUGCAAUGAUACCCUUCGAAAGGGAUACGCUGAACUGUAAAAUAUUGUAUAUAUAGGGAAAAGUUUUUUUUUUAAAUAAUAUGAUUAUAUUUGUUGAAUAAAUUAACAAUAAAUUGUU